UUUCUUUAUUACCGUGUCCGUGCUUGGAAAUUCCGUUCUCUCUUUGUUUCAGUGAGCUCGUUUUUUUCCAGGCAGAAAUCUUGUUCUUUUCCAUGAAACGAUUUGUAAUUAUCUUGAUUCGAUAGUUAUCUUGUUGAGUUUUUUGAGGGGUCUCAAGAGGCCUCGCUUGAGGCUGUAUUGAAUAUAUGGAUUCCCAUGCUUUGCAUUUAAAACUAAAGCCCAUCUGAGUUGUCUUCUGUUGGAUUUGUCUAUCUGCUUCUGUUUUGGAUUUCCUAGAGAUGGGACUAGCACUUGGUUGUCUUCAAGUGGACCAGUCAACAGUUGCUAUCAAAGAAGUUUUUGGGAAGUUUGAUGAUGUUCUUGAGCCUGGUUGCCACUGUGUGCCCUGGUUUUUCGGCAGUCAGGUGGCUGGUUACCUUUCUUUGAGAGUGCAGCAGCUAGAUGUUCGAUGUGAGACAAAGACAAAGGACAAUGUUUUUGUCAACGUGGUUGCUUCUAUCCAAUAUCGUGCCCUGCAAGACAAGGCAGUGGAUGCUUUUUACAGACUUAGCAAUACUAGAGAACAGAUACAAGCCUAUGUUUUUGAUGUUAUCAGGGCAAGUGUUCCAAAGAUGGAUCUAGACUCCUCAUUUGAACAGAAGAAUGAAAUUGCAAAAGCUGUGGAGGAAGAACUUGAAAAGGCUAUGGCAGUUUAUGGUUAUAAGAUAGUUCAGACUCUUAUAGUGGAUAUUGAACCAGAUGAGCGAGUGAAGAGAGCCAUGAAUGAGAUAAAUGCUGCUGCAAGAUUGAGGGUGGCUGCCAAUGAGAAAGCAGAAGCAGAGAAGAUAUUGCAGAUCAAGAAGGCAGAAGGUGAUGCAGAAUCGAAGUACUUAGCAGGGCUUGGAAUAGCUCGUCAGCGCCAAGCCAUAGUAGAUGGGUUGAGGGACAGUGUGUUAGCCUUCUCUGAUAAUGUACCUGGGACAACAUCAAAGGAUGUCAUGGACAUGGUUCUAGUGACCCAGUAUUUCGACACAAUGAAGGAGAUUGGUGCAUCAUCAAAAUCCAAUUCCGUCUUCAUUCCACAUGGACCUGGUGCGGUAAGAGACGUCGCUUCACAAAUUAGAGAUGGUCUUCUCCAGGGAAAUGCAACUCAGUAGUCUGAAAUAUCAGUGGUUCAGUAUAUGCAAUUUUUCUGGGGUGACCAUUUCUAAGUUUCGUUGUGUUUGUUAAUAUUCCACUGAUGCACGAGCACAUUUCUAUCCAUCUCUGGUCCUUCGUGAUUGUGAAUGCUCAAAAUAUAGCAGCUGUAGUUUCAGGUAUUGCAUGAAUGGAAUAAUUAGUACUAUUGGUGACUUAUGAAUAAAUUUUACUCGUGACGUUUUUUAUUUUA